AUGCAAGGGAAGGCCGGUAUAUCUGCCUUCGAGAGGCUGUAUGGAGAGAGCAUGUGGACCAAUGCUUCUAAGCAUCCUAAGCUCAACGGCAUCUUCAAUAACGCAAUGGUUGGUGGGGCCCGAUCAGUGGUUCCAGCCUUGAUCGACGGCUAUGGGGAAGUGUUCCAAGGGUUAACGUCUUUGGUGGACAUUGGAGGCGGUAUUGGCACGACCUUACAGUCCAUCGCCAAGGCAUUUCCCCACAUCAAGUGUACCGUACUAGAUCUUCCUCAUGUGGUAGAGACAGCACCCAGCUGUCCAGAAGUGGAGUUUGUUGCAGGAAACAUGUUCUCUUUCAUACCCAAGGCCGACGCUGUUAUGCUGAUGGUAACGUAUCACUCUCUUCUUUCUAGAGCAAUGGGUGUUCCUGUUUAA